AUGAACACGAUUGCCCAUAUGAACUUCUUUGAUGAGGAUGAUUACUUCAAGUUGAUUGCUCAAGGAAUCGAGGUCAGAGAUAUCAAGAAGCUCCCGGACGCCAGGAUCUACACCAUCAAUGAUCUCAUGGUGUAUACCAAGAUGAGCUUGACGGUGAUCAAGGGUUUAUCCGUGGCCAAUGUCAAUAAGAUCUGGGAAGCCGCCGAGAAGCUCGUGAAUGUUGGCUAUGAGACUGGUAGCGAUCUUCUCAUCAAGCACAAGUCGAUUAUCAAAAUCGCUAGCGGGAGCCAGGCACUGGACAAAUUUCUUGGCGACAGGAUUGAGACGCCGAUUAUUAUCACUAAAGUAUUCGGUGCAAAAGCCAAAAUUCUGAAAUAUCAUAUCAUCAAAAUAUCAAGAUCUGUUUACAAAAUUGUGCCUAACUACGAACCAUGCUAA